AUGCCUUAUGGCACCUGGCUUCGGAUUGGCCAGUCUCCUCUGAGAGUAUUGCGUCGGCAGCGUGUUCCGGCGGCAGGGUUCUGGCAUGUUUCUGCAGAGCGCUUCUUCGCUAGUGCCCGCAGUGGCACACGGGCCUUGAAGAAGGUCCCGAAACUGCGUCGCGCCCAAUCCCUGAUUGGUGUUGGUCUGGGUGGCUCCGUUUUCCUGGCCGUGGCUUUCUCCAAAGCUGCUGAAAAGGCAGGCCGCGAAGAUGAAGCGAUUUGGGCGAGUCGGCGCGGGCCCCUUGCCUUGGAUGCGCAAAGAGCCAUCGAGUUCGCUCCUCUAAUCCCCUGCAUUGGAUCGGGGCUGGUAGCGGUCACCAUCACCAGGAUGUAUCCGUGUCAAGUCGCCCUCUUCCGGGUUCCGGCCAACGUCCAUGAGCUCGUAGCUUUGCCUCUGUCCAUCCUUCUGGCCUUCCGGUUCCAGCUCUCCUAUGACCGUUGGUGGCAGUCAAGGCAGCAUGUCCAGGAUGUAAGCAUCAACGCGGUGGCCAUCGCCAUGUCUGCGGCAAACAACCAGGAUUCAAUGCAGCUUUCCUUGACGGGGAAGCUGAAAGGAGAAAUCGAGGAGAACGAGCGCCGACUCCUUGGGUUGCUGGAUGCCGCCUGUGCCAGCGUGGAAUUCAAGCUUUCCAAGGGCAAGCCGCCUCACCCGGCGAACGAUUCCCACGUUUGGGAGCCCAUGGAUGCCCACCUGAAUGCUGAGGACGCGGCAGCAAUCGCCCGGGCGGCACACCCUGUGCUUUGGUGCUUCGAUUCCAUCUUCAGCACCAUCCAUCGGGGACAGAUGCUCGGGGCCUACUCUGCAGAGCUUGCCAGCGGCAUGUACGAGCGCGCCACUGCCAUGCUUACGGCCUUUCGGUUCUGCCAAAUGGUGCUGCAGCAGCAGUCGCCGGCACCGUUCAUGGUGCACCUGCGAACCCUUCUCCUGGUUUUCUGCGUCAGUUUUCCUUUCACGAUCAUCGGCUCUGUGGGACCGGUAGGCCUAAUGCUAAUGCAGAUAGCUUUGAGCUUCAGCUUGCUGGGAAUCGAGUUUGUGAGCCGUCAGAUGGAACAUCCUUUCGGUGAGGACGAGUCGGAUAUCCCGCUGAAGCAGGUGAUGGCUGGCACGCGUGGAUCGAUACAGUUGAUUCUCUUGAAGCAUGAUCACGGGUCGCAGAAGCUGAAGCUGGGCGGCCACGAUGCAAGACAGAAGGCUACGCCAGAGCAGGAAACAAUGCUGACCUUCGUGGGGACCUUGUGCUGUAGAAGCGCAGUCGCUGAGCCGAGGAAGGAGGCAAAGCUACUCCGUCCACACCCACAGCGAGGGCCACCUGCAUAUGCAGGUCGCUCGCUUGGCUCUCUGGUGCUUGCGUUGUGGCCACGCCAUCGUCCUCUACUGGCCAGGCGCACCCGUCGUCCAGCAGAGGGAGCUAAAGUCCUCUUCGUAGGCGGCGUGCCACCGGCAAUGUCGUCGGAAACCAUUCUGCGGCACAUGGAGCAGUUUGGGCCUGCAGCCGUCGUGAAGCGGUGCAGAGGGUAUUUGUACAUAAAGUUUGCAGAGCCCGCGGCUGUGGCUAAAGCGAGAGCCUCGGAACACCUGGUGGAGGGAGCAUCCUUGACCGUUGAGCCUGCCCUGGCCAAGAAGAAGCAGUGGUAUUGCCAGACUGACCCAGGCUUCCCUGUGAGAGUGCGGAAGCUGGGCACAGGGAUCGUGCAUAUCCAAAAUAUGAUCUCCAUGGCGAUGCAGAGGCAUCUGGCCCGCCGCGUGCUGUCGCUGGGCCAGUCGCCAGCCGGGUUCUACAAGCCAAGCUUUGCAGGUCGGCAUAUGAAGCAUCAUAUGCAUCUUAGCACGUUCUGCCUCGGACAUCACUGGGACAUGCUCUCGCACGAGUACACGGAUGUACGAUCAGAUUUUGACGGUCUGCCGGUGCUUUCCUUGCCGGAAGACCUUCUUGAUCUUGCAUGUGGCAUCCAGCACGACCUGAACCAGAAGUGCAAGAAGCAGAUGUUCCCCAAUAUGCAGCCCCAGGCUUGCAUUGUGAAUCACUAUACAACGGAAGGCUCCCUUGGCCUCCAUCAGGACUUGGAUGAAAGCGAGUCCAGCCUUCACGAGGGCCUUCCCGUGAUUUCGCUCUCUUUGGGCUGCUCUGCUCGGUUUCUGUUCACGAUGAAUCCGGAGCCGGAAGGAGGGGAGGAGAUGCGCAGCUGCGUGCUGAAGUCUGGUGACAUCUUCAUCUUCGGAGGUCCGGCACGCCUGCUUCAUCAUGGCAUCCAAAAGGUUUUCCCCAACACUACUCCGAAGAAGCUCCAAAGAGACUUGGCGAGCUUACCGGGGCGACUGAAUCUGACCUUCAGGCAAAUCCGCUAG